UAAAAAUAGAAAAUCAUGGAUCGGUUGAGUUUCGAUCAUAAUCGCGUGAUUGUUGGCGCAAGUGAUCCAAAUGUUGUUACGGCAGCAAAUACAAAUACAAGUCCAACAACUGGCAGUAAUAAUAACAAUCUGAAUAAUUUAAUCAGGAAUAGCAGCAAUAACAAUUUAAGGUUUGGCCAACAACAACAACAGCAAACAGCACCAACCACAGUUACAGCGACACAAACAAAUCAAACAGCUACCGUUGGUAAUCUCAUACUAUCAGAUACGAAGCUAACUGGUUCUAUGAAGGAUGACAAUUUGAACAAAAAUGACAUCGCUGAAUCGCGUGUUGGUCUCACGCAAGCUGGAUUAGAAGAAUACAGUCGUUCCUAUUACGAUACCAAUGCAAUGUAUAACCAUCAAAAGCAAUCGUCGUACGCACAAUCCGAAGGCUAUCACAGUUACGUCUCGAGUUUGGAUAGCAGUUCGACGCCAUUUCUCGAUCGUUUGCGACAAGAUAGCGAAUUAAUUCAUUCGCGGAAUCUCAGUUGGUCCCAAGAUUAUGUGAGUGUUGCGGGAAGCAGCAAUCUCGGUGAUAAUAGUCCGGAAAGUAGUUCCUCAACGGAGACAUUAAAAUGGCUCGGUUCGAUGUCGGAUUUGUCGGUAAUUAGUCAUGCGACGAGUAAUUCCGCCAUUUCUGAAGUUGGAGCACAAAAUCCAUCUCCCUCGCAAUUGAUCGUUCACAGUUCGAGAGUUCGAACGCCUCAACGUCACAAUUCCGAAAGUGUUUUGUUCAUGAAAGAUGAAAAUCAGGCGCCUUCAAUGCCGAAAACAUCUCCGACGGGAAAUGGAUCUUCUUUGGGAAUCGGGCCUGUUUCGAAUCACGUGAGCACUUCGAGUCUCGAUGCGAUCUUGGAUGAAACGAUGCGACAUCAAACGCAAAGUACAGGACUGACGAGAUCAAGUGAUCGUUCUAGUCGUAGAAAUAAUAGCAGACUUUUUCCAAUUAACACGUACACGGAGAUGCCAAAAAAUGCGCAACAACCUUUGUCUCCGAACACGGGAAGUCAAACGCAAUUAGAUCAAAUUCAAAAAUCUCCAACAAGUCCUCCGGCAUGGCAAAGUGUUGCUGAACGCAUCAAUGAAAUCGAAAAGAAUGCCAACAAUCCUUCGCAGCAACCUUUUACGAUGCAACAACAACAAAAAUACACAUUUCUCGAUCCCGCAAAGACUCAAUUGGUAUCAAAUGCUGCCCUGAAAGCUGUGCAAAAGAACGCCAUUCAAUCGUAUUUCGAGCGACAGCAAUCUGUUCGUGAGAGUAUCAGUCGGAGCAAAUCUGUGAAUCAAUCGAUUGCGUAUUCGAAGCCCGUCGUUGCUCGUCCUCAUUCGUUAAACAUGAGCUCCAAUAUGUCAAGCUCGAUGAAAAAUCUUCAACGUUCCUCCAUGUCGGGAAUUGCUCCUCCUGAUGGCUUGAUGCAACAUUCGAAACCCUUAACAGCUAAAAAUAGUCCCAUAAAGAGUCCCGUGAAAGAUUCGUUCGAUCCGAGAAACGUUAUUAACAGAAUCGCAGCGCAAAUUAUCGGAAACGAGAUGAAAUCUGAUGAAAUUCCUCCAACGCCUCCGCCGAGAAAUCGUGCUCCAAUUCCCGUUCGUCGAACAUCCUCAGCUGCGGAAUAUUCCUCGAUGCGUGAUAAAGUCAACCAAUCAAAGCAGAAUCUCUCGAAAGAUCUUCUCGGUCCAAUGAUCAUGGGUCCUAUUAUUUCGCUCGAUGAUUGGGUGCCCGAACGUCCUCCGAAAAAUCCAACGUUACGCAUUCCAAGUCCCGAAUUGCCUCCGCCGCCUGUUCCGAUUGUCAAUGAACAAGAAGCUCUGCCCACGUUUGAUGAACCUUUGCCGCCGCCGCCCGACGAAGUUUUGCGACACGUGAGACAACAUUCCGAAGUCGAAGCAAAGCACGCAAACACGCCGAGUAGAAGAAACAGUUUUGCGGGACACAGUACGCGAAUUGUGCGAAAUCCGUAUUACGAACCCGCGCAUAUUGCUUCUGUGUCGCAGCCUGGAUUGCAUCGAACGAAUGGAUUUGAUGCACGUGCCUCGCAUCACAAUUUUACGACGACGACGACGACUUCGCAUCAUCAUGCGAAAAAAGGCGGCACGCAUCAAGCGCAACGUGUGAUUUUGGAUGAAGCUCCGCAGAAUAAAGUUUCGAUGCGAAAGAGAGCGCAUAAUAUGCAAAAUACUGUGGGACUUCCAACGACGUUACAACAGCAACAAACUCCUCCGCCUCCGUUGAAGCCUCGAAUGUCGGGACAACACGUUCAUGGACCGCAAUUGAUUGAACGGUGA